AUGGCGCAAAAGAUUUUCCAGUCCUUCCGUAGAAUUCCAGGACAUUUCCCUGCUUUUCGUAAAAAAGAGGAGCAUCUCGAUGUACAGGGGUCGAGAUAUAGGGUUUCUGUCUGUUCUGAUUAUGGAUUUCCUUCUAAACCUACGUCAGUUGCCUAUGACCCUGUUAUCGAUAUGUUAGCUGUCCUUACGCGUGAUGGCAACAUUUAUAUAUACGGGAAACCAGGAAUAUCGUUUUCUGCUGUACAUGAAACGAACGCUCAGUAUAUUCAAGUGGUUUUCUUGACUGGCAGUAGAAAACUGGUUACAUUGACUGAUUCAGAUGAUAUGUAUUUAUGGGAGUUGACUUCAGUCAGUCAAACAUCUUGUCAACUGGUCCAAAGAUCAUGUCUCAAAAGAAUUAUAAGUCAACUAAAGUCUUUGCCAAGUGGAGUUCCAAAUAUUUCCACCAAUAAUGAAGAAACUAGUCACGUCACUGCUUUGUGCUACGCCUCCGACGGUCGUAGCAUCCUCAUUGGAACUGAUAAUGGUUGGGUUGCCUCUGUUCGUUUAAAUACAAAUACAGCCAUUGACGACUUCACGAAAUUCUGGUGCGUACCUUCAGCUGAUGAUGCAAUUAAUCCUUCUCGAAUACUUGAUGGCAUUUCACCUGAUCGUCGUCAGCGUCUGCGGGCAGAUGCAGUGGUGGUUUUAUUAGAAAGGCCAGGGUUUCCUGGACAGCUAUUAAUUGGCUACAAUUCUGGUCUAAGUUUAUUAUUUGACCUCCGUUCAGAUCGUAUUAUGGCACUAUUACCGUGGCAACAUGGCUUGGAAGCUGCCGCUUGGUGCGGCGGUAGUGGCCAACCAAAUAGGUCAAACCCAACAUCUCAUCAACCCCAAUUAGGGAUGCGUCUCUUGACUGCGCAUUCGGACGGAUCUCUGGGAGUUUGGAGUUUGAAGGAAAUCGGCUUCGGUACAACAACAAUAUCUCCCAUUCAACCACCCUUGCUUCAAAUGGAAGAAGCUCCAAGCAUGCCUUAUGGACCUUUCCCGUGCAAACUGAUCAGCAAAGUCUUCUGGCUUCCAUCUGCUCUAGGGGGUAUUACUGUAUUUGUUGGUGGAAUGCCACGUGCCACUUAUGGUGAACGUCAUACUGUAAGCAUAUUGCGUGGAUCCAAUAUUGAUCAAGCUGCUAAUGCCAGUGUUGUUGCUGCCCGACUUGCUGUGGCAGCUGAAGCUGAAGAUGAUGAUGAAAUACCAGAAGAAAGUUCAUUAUCAGCUCCUCCUAUACACGUUUUUGAUUCUGAUGCACCUGAACAUGUAUGUUUGGACUUACCAUCAAGUCUUGUUGAUUUAGUUCCUGUUGGUUCUGUUGACGGACCUGUUCAAAUACUAAUACUUUUAUGUGAAGAAGAAAUGGUUGUGAUUGAUCUUAUAACUUCUGGCUGGCCUUUUAUGCGUCCUCCCUAUUUAACUUGCUUGCAUACAACAUCCCUUACUACAUACAAUUUAAUUACACAGGUUAGCCCAACCUUGCUGUCAAAUCUUGAAGCUGCCGGUGCUUACUAUGGUCCUGAAGGGCGUUUUGGUCGUGGAGGAGCAAUUGCAGAUAAUCCAUCAGGUGGGGGUUGGUCCUCUCUCCCUUGGCCAAUACAAGGUGGUCAUGCAUUAAUUAAUGGAUCUCGGUUGUCUACAAGCUCUUUGGGUGGAAAUAUUCUGUACACAGAUGACUUACUUCUUACUGGUCACGAGGACGGUUCUGUUGCAUUUUGGCGGCUCAGUGCAGGAGGCUGCCUUCGACGCAUUUAUACCUUAUAUACAGCUAUAUUAUUUGAAGAUGUCAGCCAAUUGGAUCAUCCUAAUGGUGUUGAUGAUGAUGGCGAUGCAUGGCCUCCCUUUCGUCAGGCAGGUGUAUUUGACCCUUUCAUGGACGAUAGCAGAGUAGCUAUACAAUUCAUUUAUCUUGUUGAUAAUACACUGGUUGUGGGUGGAGCUGCAGGUCAGGCAAUUGUAUAUCAAUUUCUUAAUUUCACUCCGUGUAUUGAACCUGCAAUUGUAACAAUUAAAAAAUCAAUGCCCGGAUUUCAAUGGAAAGGACAUGCUCCCCUUACACUUCGAAAAUGCUUUAGUAACAAGAUCACUGUUAAUCCAGAACAAGCUACUCCACUCCCUGCUCAAUUACAAGCUACAGGAGUUAUUUUCGUACAGCCUCCUGCACGUAUUACAUCACUUCUUUCAAGUGAAUUUGAAUUAACUCAUCUAAAAGAAUUUAGUCAAAACCAAACAAAUAACAUUGGUGGUGAUGGCGGUUUACAAAUUUUACUUGCUCUUGGUACACCACAUGGCUUCGGUGUAGUUUUUGUACCGAAACCUUUAUCUAAUAAUGAUUCAAAUACAAAAAAACCAUUACCUCCUCAACCAUUACUUGCUGUGUCAACAAUACCGGAUAAUAUUGAUGCUCUUCAAGAAGCUGCUGCUGUUGUCCCAGCUUCUACUGCUAAUGUUAGUCGUGCUGGCAUUCGACGUACUGUUACUCAAUCUAAUCGUGCUGCUCCCAAUCAAACUGAUGUGGCUCCUCUUGAUGAAGCAGAAAGACGUAGUGGACGUGUCCCAGAUGAGAAUAUAUUAUUAAUAUCACAGUAUAAUGUUGAAAGAGAAAUAUGCGAUCGUGUUCAAGAUACUGCUAAUGUAGCUAUUGUAUCCUGUUUUGCAUUUGGUCCACCAUUGUUUAAAUCAAGUCCAUCAAAUUCUCGUCCAAUGUUACAUCCAGUUGCUACACUUUUUAUUGGUACUAAAGCUGGAACUGUUAAAUUAUAUUCUAUUUUUGUUGACAAAACAACAUUAAAUUCUAGCGUUCUGCCUAAACUACAACUGUAUUAUUCUCGAGAACUUAUUUUACAACAUCGUGCUCCUGUUCUAUCACUUCGUCUAAUCGAUGCUAAGUCAAAUAUGCCUUACUCAUUAUCGGAUUACAAACAUUACAUAUCUGAUUCUGGUAAAUCUCAUAAUCUACCUGUAUUAUCAGUUGUGAGUGAAGAACAAAUACGAUUAUUUAAUUUGCCUAAUUUACACCUAAAAUUCAAAGCUCGUAUUACCGCUAUUGAUGGUUAUCGUAUCAAAUCUGCUUCAGUAGUUGGAUUUCGAAUACACGGAAAAACCAGUUCAUCAUUAUCAAAAGAAUCCACUGUUGAUUCUGCUUGUGGUGAUCUUGAACGUUCAAAUGCAAGUGGUAUAUCUGUAACAUCUCAAACAAAUCAAAACUGUGAAUAUUCAUUUGUUUUUACAAAUGUUGGUGGUCAAGCUGUUUUGCUUAGUAUGCCGCAACUUCGACGAAUGGAUACCUUACAUUUGCUGGAUUCCCAUGAUGUAGUUGCAGUCAGUUCAGUUGUAUUUUCUCAACCUGGCAGUAUAAAUGUAAAUACUUCGUGUUAUGUUCCUGGACCUGCUCUCGGACUUUAUCAGUUGGCACCUGGUCAACUUACACUUUUUGACGUUGUACGUACUGGACAAAAAGCUAGCUCACUUGGAGUAUCUUAUCGUCCUAUAUAUCGACUAUCUCUUAUUGGCAAUCCAAAUUCAAACAUGAAAACUUUAUGCGAAAAGACAAAUAGUAUUGGAGAUAGUAGAAUUUCUAAUAGAAGUGUUUUAUCGACCAGUCAGUUGCAUAAUAUAUCACAGACAUCUAGUGUACUUAGUUCAUCCGUACAAAACCAAUCAAAUUCUAUAUCAUCACACAAUCUAAGUGAUUCAAUAAGAAAUGGUCUCGUUUCACCUUCUGUAUCAUGUACAAGUGAUAGAAAUAAUCACAGGAAUCGUGUAUCCUAA